AUGAAAGCCUACUGGUACGAUAAUCUCGAUGGCGACCAGCGCCUAGCUCACGACUCAGGCAAGGAGGUCACGGUUGACCAGCUGGAAAAGCUCGGCGUCUACUACCAUCAGAUCCCCAACCUCGACGGUGUCAAUAAGCUCGCCUCCAAACGCGGAUAUAAGAAUAGGGACGAGAUCAUCGUCUCCCCAGAGACGAUGGGCGACGUGUAUGAAGAAAAGGUUAAGUCGUUCUUCCACGAACAUCUGCACGAGGACGAGGAGAUCCGCUACGUUCGCGACGGGCAUGGGUACUUCGACGUGAGGAGCGCAGGUGAUGAAUGGGUUCGCAUUUGCGUGGAGAAGGACGAUCUCAUCAUCCUUCCCGCUGGCAUCUACCAUCGUUUCACCACCGACGAGUCCAACUACAUCAAGGCUAUGAGACUUUUCAAGGAAGAACCCAAGUGGACGCCCUUGAAUAGGACUGAGGAUCUCGACGUGAACCCUUACAGGAAAGAUUACGUUCAGCAGUACCUAGAUAGUGGGUCUUCUGCGUAA